AUGUACUUAAUUGGGCAGGACGAGUACCGUUUGUUUUUUUCGCUCCAGGCAAGUGGAGGAUCACCAGGGUCUUGGGAGAAAGCUUACGCAGGCCGUCAUCCGUUUUUACUGUUUCAGGCAGACCCCGCAGGGGCAGCUCCGAGCCGGAAUUUGUUCGGCGCCUUCUCCCGGCCGGCGUCAUACGGGCCUCCUCAGCUGCAGUAUUGCUCUUGCAGCUGCGGCGUGGCGAACGAGGCGCGCAUCGUGGGCGGCCAGGAGACCGACGAGCACGAGUUCCCGUGGAUGGUGCGCCUGUCGUACUUCAACCGCUUCUACUGCGGCGGCACGCUCAUCAACGACCGCUACGUGCUGACGGCGGCGCACUGCGUCAAAGGGUUCAUGUGGUUCAUGAUCAAGGUGACGUUCGGCGAGCACGACCGCUGCGUGACCGGCGCCAAGCCCGAGUCGCGCUUCGUGCUGCGCGCCAUCGUCGGCGACUUCUCCUUCAUGAACUUCGACAACGACAUCGCGCUGCUGCGCCUCAACGACCGCGUGCCCAUCUCCGAGCACGACGCGUACGUGGGGGCCAACGCCACGGCGUCCGGGUGGGGCACGCUCCGCGAGGACGGCAAGCCCUCGUGCACGCUGCAGGCAGUGCAGGUGCCCGUCAUGUCCAACGAGGACUGCCGCGCCACCAAGUACAACGAGAAGAUGAUCUCGGACAACAUGCUGUGCGCUGGCUACCCCGAAGGAAUGAAGGAUUCGUGUCAGGGAGACAGCGGUGGACCAUUGGCAACCCAGCGAGAAGACAACCGCUUUGAACAGAUUGUUGUGGAAUUGUAUGCCACAAGGACGUCAGUGGUUUUGGAACUAAUGCAAUAUUUGAAGCAAACUAUUGGUGCUGACAGAGAAAGAUGUGACAUGUUGGUACGCAAAAAUUUGGAUUUAGAUAAUUAUGUGUUGUGUCGUGGGGUAACGGGUGUGCCCGACCAGGGUACCCGGGCGUGUACACACGAGUCACUCGCUACCUCGACUGGAUUUUGGCGAACAGCAAGGAAGGCUGCUUCUGCUCAGACUCGUAACCGCAACUUCUGCUUCGGAGCCUGUGAAGAAGAUAAAACGCAGGGUUCCCAACUGCGCGAAUUUGGAAAGGACACGUUUGACCCAUCUGAAUCACUAUAAAUCCCAGGAAUUUGCCAACACUAUUUAUUGUAGUGUCAAAUACGUCCGUCAUCGAUUUAUAUAUUAUCAUCAUCAUCAGUGAAUCUUUUGUUUACCUGAAGCCUAAAGUGCAUUGGGUCUGAGAAUAUUAUUAUUAUAUUCUCCGAGGAUAUUAUUAUAUUCUCCGAGGAUAAUAUUAUAUUACGUGAGGAUAGGCAGGAAUAAAGUUGUUGGUUACUGUUUGAAAAAUAUACCACGUCAACAGACUAGACAGAAAACCAAAAAUCCGGAUUUCAAUAAUUGAAUACGUCCUUGCUAGUCGAAAAACAGUUGCGCAGAAUCUCAUCGAGCUACAUGGAAUCUGAUAAAAAUCAGUUUUUUUAAUAAAUCAGUUUUAAUCAGAUUUUUCAGGAAUUUUCAAAAAUACAUUUAAUUAACAUUUAGAGUUGGUCACUCUCUCUUAAUUGUCCAUGAAAGAAGGGGCAAAACAUUCAUAAUUCAGUUUGUUUCUUCAAUCCAUUCAUCAUUAUAUUUCAUUCUAAUCUUAUAUACUAAAUUCAUCAUAGUCAUCUUGCUUAAUGAAGUAACAGCUAAAGAUUUGUGUUACAUAUAUUAUAUGUUCAUUCUUGAAUACUUUUAGUUCACUCUCGAAUACUGUUAUUUAUAGACCUUCAUUUCAGGGUAAUGGGUUCACAAUCAUCACCUCUGGUAUUAAGAUAUUAAUACGAUUUGAUAUUAAUGUUUCAGAAAACGUUCCAUCAAUAUUAUUUCCAGAGGUCUUGAGAAAUGCCCUUUAGAUGUUGUUCCUCCUGUUUAUAGUGACUCACACUGACCCAAGAAAGACUGAGCUUACAGUUUGCCUUUCUGGAAGAAGAAAUCAACUACUACAUCUUCAAUGAGAACUCGUAAUGUAGUAGUUAUAACAUUUAUACUGUGAUGAACAUUAAUUUAUUCUACAAUGUCUUUGAUAAAUAUGAAAUAAAUAAAUAAA